CUGUGUCUUUUCGCGGUCACCCUGGUUUUGCCAGAUUCCCGGGAGCCCUUCCGCUCUCUGGAUCCUUGGCUUGUGGCUGUGGGUCCCAUCAGGCCCGCCCUCCGCACAUCGCUCCGGGACCCACGUCGCCCCGGCGCCCUCUGCCUGCCAAACCGGGGCCCUCGACCCCCAGUCGCCUCCCUGUUAACUGCAUCCCCUGCGCCGCAAGCUCUUAAGAGAAGAUGCCCUCUGGCUUUCAACAAAUCGGCUCAGAAGAAGGGGAACCCCCUCAGCAGCGAGUCACUGCGACCCUGGUCCUCGCCGUAUUCUCUGCUGUGCUUGGCUCCCUGCAGUUUGGCUACAACAUCGGGGUCAUUAAUGCACCUCAGAAGGUGAUUGAACAGAGCUACAACGAGACAUGGCUAGGGAGGCAGGGUCCUGAGGGACCAGGCUCUAUUCCACCAGGCACUCUCACCACCCUUUGGGCUCUCUCCGUGGCCAUCUUUUCUGUGGGCGGCAUGAUCUCCUCUUUCCUCCUUGGCAUCAUCUCUCAGUGGCUGGGAAGGAAGAGGGCAAUGCUGGUCAACAAUGCCCUGGCUGUGCUGGGGGGUGCCCUCAUGGGCUUGGCCAAUGCUGCUGCCUCCUAUGAGAUGCUCAUUCUUGGACGGUUUCUCAUUGGCGCCUACUCAGGGCUGACAUCAGGGCUGGUGCCCAUGUAUGUGGGGGAGAUCGCCCCCACUCACUUGCGGGGUGCCUUGGGGACGCUUAACCAACUGGCCAUCGUCAUUGGCAUUCUGAUAGCCCAGGUGCUGGGCUUGGAGUCCCUGCUGGGCACUGCCACCCUAUGGCCACUACUCCUGGGCAUCACGGUGCUGCCUGCUCUCCUGCAGCUGGUCCUGCUGCCCUUCUGCCCAGAAAGCCCCCGCUACCUCUAUAUCAUCAGGAACCUGGAGGGGCCCGCCAGAAAGAGUCUGAAGCGCCUUACGGGCUGGGCCGACGUGUCUGGAGCUCUGGCUGAGCUGAAAGAGGAGAAGCGGAAGCUGGAGCUCGAGCGACCACUGUCCCUGCUCCAGCUCCUGGGCAGCCGUACCCACCGGCAGCCCCUAGUCAUUGCAGUUGUGCUGCAGCUGAGCCAGCAGCUCUCAGGCAUCAAUGCUGUUUUCUAUUAUUCAACCAGCAUCUUCGAGACGGCAGGGGUAGGGCAGCCCGCCUAUGCCACCAUAGGAGCUGGAGUGGUGAACACAGUCUUCACCUUGGUCUCGGUGUUCUUGGUGGAGCGGGCUGGGCGCCGGACACUCCAUCUCCUGGGCCUGGCAGGAAUGUGUGGUUGUGCCAUCUUGAUGACUGUGGCCCUGCUUCUGCUGGAGCGGAUUCCAGCCAUGAGCUAUGUCUCCGUUGUGGCCAUCUUUGGCUUUGUGGCAUUCUUUGAGAUUGGCCCUGGCCCCAUCCCCUGGUUCAUUGUGGCCGAGCUCUUCAGCCAGGGACCUCGCCCAGCAGCCAUGGCUGUGGCUGGUUUCUCCAACUGGACGUGCAACUUCAUCAUUGGCAUGGGUUUCCAGUAUGUUGCGGAUGCUAUGGGUCCCUACGUCUUCCUUCUAUUUGCGGUCCUCCUGCUUGGCUUCUUCAUCUUCACAUUCUUAAAAGUGCCCGAAACCCGAGGCCGGACGUUUGACCAGAUCUCAGCUGCCUUCCGCCGGACACCCUCUCUUUUAGAGCAGGAGGUGAAACCCAGCACGGAACUUGAGUACUUAGGGCCAGAUGAGAAUGACUGAGGGGCUGUGCUGGGGAGGGAGAGCCAGUUCUCUCGACCUCCUCAGAGACCCCCUCCUUUCCUCUGAAGCACUUUAACCCUCUCCUCCCCAUUACUUCCAGGGUGGAAAAUACCCACAGCCUGGUGGAAUUGGGAAGCUGGAGGGAAGGGUGGUCCGAGCAUGCCCUCAGUCCCCCUGUAUAAUUCUCUUGGGUUAUUUAUGUUAUGGUUAGGCUGUGGCCAUUGGGAUGGGCCAUUCUCUCCUCUCAUACCUCCUUCCUCCGUAGCCCACUGCCCUCCACUCCAGACUUUCACUCCCCUGCUAGAGAAGGGGAUUGGAGGCUCUGAUGUUGUAGUUAUACAGUCCCCCUGUAUAACUCUCUUGGAUUAUUUAUGUUAUGGUUAGAAUAUGGCCAUCAGGAUGGGCCAUUCUCCCCUUUCAUCCCUCCUUCCUCCAUAGCCCACCCAACUCCGCUCCAGACUUUCACUCCCCUGCUAGAGAAGGGGAUUGGAGGCUCUAGGAUUGACGUUUUAGUGGUGGUGACCUAAAGCAGAACACAGGACUGGAGAAAUCGAGUUUCCUGCCACCUCAGACUCCUCCCACUCACUGGCACUUUCUCCAAAUUCUUGCCCCAUAGGCUCUGGGUAAAGGGGGUUCUGUCUUGACCCCUAUAGGGUAAAGGACAUGCCCUCCCAAGGUCUAAGCUCACCUCUCUCACUGCAGGCUCAGUCCUGUCACUCAGCCUCCUGGGGUGAAGGAACAUGUGCCCAGAUGUGGUGAGAGGAAGGGACAGCAGCCUCCACCUCUAGACUUAGGUCUCUGUGCCCUACCCCAGCUGUUCCCCAAAGCUGCUGAGCAGGGGGCACCAGCUGUUUGUUCCUCUCCCAUCCUGGAAGGGUGUUGGACCCACAGGCUUUUGACCAACUAUGGAAAAGAGGGAUUUGAAAGGCUGCCUAUAAACACUGGGCUAGGAGGAGCCUUCAGAUAUUUUUGUAUAUGUUUGAAAAAGAAGGGGUAGGGAGGAGAAAAAACCAAAGGUCUGUUGUACUUAAUGUAUAUAUAUAGAGAUACACAUAUAAAGUCACUGUAUGAGACAAGCGUCCUGUCAUAGAAGCACUCAAGGAUGGGCGGAGACAGGGACCAGAACUACUUUUCCCCCCCUCUGCCUCCCUUGCCAUCCUGCCUCAGCUCAAGACUGAAGAAUCCUCUGGAUGCUGUCACUCAUGCCCCCACUUGUAUUUAUAGUCAUUGCUUUUAUUAACAGUAAAUGCUCAAGUCGUAGCCUUGAACUUUACAAAA